AAUGAGUCUUACAAAACCUCCUUACUUUACCAAAGACGCCAAGCUGAGUGCACCAAGACAGCUCGAAUCCAGUCCGCCCUGCCUGCGGCCAAACCAGCAGCGCCUGCCCCGACGCCGGUGGCCAUGCCCCCGCCACCCCCGCCGCCUCCCGGUGCUCAUCUCUAUGAAGAACUCGGGGACAGCACUAUUCUUUUCCUUCUCUACCAUUUCCAACAAAGCAGGGAAAAUAAAUCAGUGUCAGAAGACAGGAAACAUCAGCACUUUUCUUCCAACACUGUUGAGGCUCACAAGCAGACUCACGUAGAUGGAUCUCUUAAGAACAGCUGGCUCAGGUCUGCAAGAGAAUUCACACUGAUGUCUGAUGAGGAUGCCUUAAGUGACCACAGUACCAUUUACAAGGAAUACACAGAUCAAAGAUCAACAAAUUCAGACUUUUUACUAAGAACAGAUUUUGUGAAGUCAUUUGUACCCAAAACACAAGCCAAGAAUGAGUUUCUGAGGGGCCCAAGAGAAAAGAUUCAGAGGAUGUGGAAUCGCCCAACCUGCUUACCUAGGAGACCAAUGUGGGAACUUCCUGAUAGAUCAGAAACCAUAGCUCUAAAGCAGUGGCAAAGCAACAGGCAGAAAGCUGAAAAUGAAAGCACUGGGACCAAUCCAAACAAAAGAGGUAACAGUAGCCCCUUGCUUACAGCUGAAGAUGCAAAUGUAACAGAAAAAGAGGAAACAAGGGAAAGUGAAUCACUGACAAUAAAAGCAACAGAGCAGUGGCAAUCCCGGUCUUCAGACUCUUCGCUUUCCUCUCCUUGGUCUCACUGCUCUUUCUCCACUUUGCCAACUGUUUCAAGAACUGUGGAACUCAAAUCAGAACCUAAUGUUGUUGUUUCUCCUGCUGACUGUUCCUUGGAACUUUCUCCUUCAAUGCCUUGCAUUUUAAAUUCUGAGUUCCUUAGCAGAGAGACACCUACUUGUUUGAUGACUUUUGAAACCAAAAAGGACAUUUUUGAAAAUCUUCCCUGUCCACUAAAAAUCUCUCCUCCCCCUCCUCCUCCUUGUCCUCCCCCUCCUCCUCCUCUGCUUCCUUCUCCUCCUCUUCUUACGCCUCAUAUCCUUACUCCUGUGUCUAGUCCUCCUCCUUCUCCUCCUUCUAAUCCUCCUCCUCUUCCCCCUCCUCCACGUCUUCUACUUUCUGUUCCCUCUCCUCCUGCGUCUAGUUCUCCUCCGCCUUUCCUACCUUCACUUCCCUCUCAUCCUCCAGCAUCUCCUCCUCUUCCUUCUUUACUGCCUCCUUCGAUGUCAGUUCCAUCCACCAAGUGUGCGUUUACACCAGCUAUUGAACAUACUGUCAGUGUGACACCAGCCAAGGAAAUGAAAUCCAAUAUGAUGCAGUUGUCAACAUCAGCGACACUGUGCAAUGCAAAUCCUCAAAGGGAACCAAAAGGCAUUCUCAAGCAUAUAAAAAACUUAGCAGAACUGGAAAAGUCAGUAGCUAACAUGUACAGUCAAAUAGAAAAAAAUAAUCCACCAGCACAACUCUCAAAACUUCAAAUGAGUUGUCCUUCACAGACAACAAAUAUGGAAAUGACAUCUGAACAAAACCAGGAGAAUUUGCACAACAUUGUUGAAGGAAUUGAAAAACAAUCUCACUGUCAUUCUACUUCACUGUAAUGUUUCUUUUUCAGU